UGUAAAGGCUCUUCAUUACUUAGUGAUAGGCAAUGCCGUUGGCUGCGCGUUGACUUGCCGGUGCACGCCGUUCUUUAAAAAAGUAAAUAAAUAUAGUCUAUUCCAUUUUCAACUGUUCUUUUUUUAGUUUUAAAUAGUGAAUGAAUGAAUGGAUUGUUUAAAAAUAUAAUGCAGUGAAGUUGUGACGAAAAAUUGGUUUUUGUUUAAGAAAACGGAAAAGUUAAACAAGUGAUGAUGCAGGCGACUUCGAGCAGCGAGCGCACCCCGCUGGUGCAGCCGACGUAUGUCUUCGAGUCCAGCCUCGCGCGCCGCUACCAGAAGAGGCUGCACCACAUGCAGUGCGUCAUGUGUGUCUUCAUCAUCGCAAUAUUAAUGGUGGCUCUGCUGGUGACCGUGUCAUACAAUUUGAGCCAGGAUAUCGAUGAUGACAUCACCACGGAGCCAACUGAGCCUGCACUGCCUCUACCAGGGGGUAACCUGACGCUGCUGAAGAUGUCUCCAGGAAUGGCAGGGUCUGGUAAUCCUGGUAACCUCACUCUUGUGAACGGCACACUGAUGGCUGUGCCACCUGCCUUGCAGCCACUACUGGAUCAGAAGUGGCCUUUGAAAGAACAACCACCAGCAGCAUGGGCAAGCACGACUCCAAGCAAGGCGGAGAUAGCAUCAGCUCUUUUACAAGGAAAGGCAGCUUUGAAGGAGAAAACGAAGGCAGAAUGGUUGCGCCGACCUCUGGCCCAGGACACGCCAGCAAAUAGGGCUCAGAGAGCGGCAGCCACGUCAGCUGAUGUGAAACCUUUAGCUGAUUCAGCUUAUGCUGCAGAAAUUGCCACUAAAGCUCUCAUGAAUGGCACAGACAUUUCCUUGCGCCCUGGAGGAGCAGGGCAGGGUCCACCAUUAAACGGCUCGUUCCCAGAGCCGGCCUACUGCAGCACCACGCCCAUACCCUGCACUCUCUCGAGGUACAGGACCACGGACGGCACCUGCAACAACCUGGAGAAUCCACUGCGGUGGGGAGUUUCCAAGACUCCCUUCCGACGAGUGCUCCCUGCUGACUACGGUGAUGGUGUGAGCUCCCCCCGCCAAGGAGUGGACGGAGCAGCUCUGCCGAGCGCCAGAGACGUGAGUGUGACGGUCCACCGGCCGAGCUACGCGCACGACUCCGCCUUCACAGUCAUGUUGGCCGUGUGGGGGCAGUUCGUGGACCAUGAUAUCACUGCCACUGCGCUUAGCAAGGGUCAAAACGGCACAGCGCUGUCCUGCUGCGACCCGACACAGACUCCUCACCCGGAGUGCUUCCCAGUACAACUGGAUGAAGACGAUCCGUUCUACCAGGACUACAACAUCACCUGCAUGGAGUUCGUCAGGUCUGCACCAGCUCCCACUUGUCAUUUCGGUCCCAGAGAGCAGUUGAACCAGGCCACAGCAUUCAUAGACGCGUCCACAGUAUACGGGUUCGCCGAGGCCCGCAGUGCAUCACUACGGUCCUUCAUCGGUGGACAGCUGCGGAUGCUGAAGAUAGGAGCCACGCAACUCCUGCCGCCCUCCACUGACCCCAACGACAGCUGCAACACUGCUGAGAUGAACGCUAAGGGACGAUACUGCUUUGAGUCAGGAGACGACCGUGCGAACGAGAACCUGCACCUGACGACGAUGCACCUGAUCUGGGCGCGGCAACACAACCGCGUGGCCGCCGCGCUGCGCAAGUACAACCCGCUCUGGGACGACGACGCCGUCUACCAGGAGGCCAGGAAGAUACUCGGGGCGCAGAUGCAGCAUAUCACGUAUUCUGAGUUCCUGCCUAGUAUACUUGGAUCGGACGUGAUGUGGGCUCUGAACAUGACAUUGGAAGAGGAAGGCUACUCCGACGUGUAUGACCCCACCGUGGACCCAUCCAUCGCCAACCACUUCGCUUCUUGUGUCUUCAGAUUCGCACACACAUUGCUACCGGGUCUGAUCCACAACACGGACAAGAGCACGGGCACGAUCCAGUACACCCACCUACACCAGAUGCUGUUCAACCCGUACACGCUGUACACUAAGAAGGGCCCCAUAGAUGCCGUCACCUCGGCCAUGGCCACCCUCGUACAUGCUGUGGAUCCACAUGUUACUACUGAGCUAAGCAACCAUUUGUUCGAGAAACCAGUGAUAGCCAACACAUCAGAUGCUGAUGCCAAGAAGCCGGGUCCAUGUGGGUUGGACCUGGUCUCCCUGAACAUCCAGCGCGGCAGGGACCACGGUCUACCUUCCUACCCUCAGUGGAGGGAGCACUGUGGACUGUCCAGGCCGAGGAACUUCACGGACUUACAAGCUAUAUUCGAUGAGUCCUCACUCAGCAGGAUUUGCAAGAUUUACAAUUCUGUAGAUGACAUCGACCUAUACACGGGUGCUUUAGCAGAGGACCCUAAGGGUCGUCUCCUGGGCCCCACCCUGACCUGCCUCAUCGCUGACCAGUUCUACAGGCUCAAGGUCGGCGACCGGUUCUGGUACGAAUCUUCAGAUCCGACCCUUGCGUUUACUUUGGAACAAUUAACAGAAAUCCGUAAGACCACAUUAGCUGGAGUUAUCUGCGCAAACGAAGAUCUUUUGGACCAAGCCCAGCCUCGAGUGAUGGAGGCAGUCAGUGCCACCAACCCACUGGUGGACUGCAAGGAGUUGCCGCAACCAAACCUCAGGGCGUGGGGCAAACCCAAGGCUUCAAAGACACCGAAGUCCUAGGAAGGAGUGAGUAAGGUAAUGUAGUGAUAGCUAGUCCGAUACGAGGUGGAUGUUUGAACCUAAACCAGUCUGAUAAAUUGUAUCCAUGCUUUUUUACUCUAGUAAACAAUGUCCAGAACAACUUUCCGAAUGUGGUUCAGUUUGGAGGACAAAAAUUACGCCUAUGCACUUUUUUAUUUUUUGUAAAUAACACAUGGCUCUAUCUAAUGAAUAAAUAGAUAUAAUAACUAGACGAAAUGUUUGUAUAGCCAUUUCACUUUGAGACGUUUUCAAAUAAUAAUUUUGUAAUUUUAGCGUUGGUCCCAAAAUACGACCCUGAAGAACUCCUUGCGCUUAGAUGUAAAGUAAUAAAACUACAAUGUGUUAUUCUAAUGCAGGGAAAAAUAAACAGAUUUCCCUGAUUUUGUAAUAAUGUAGAAAAAAAGAUAGGAAAAUAAAAAACCUAUCGUGUAAAUUCUAUACUUAGAUUUUGGCAUUUUAAACUAUCGAAUGCUGUAUUGUGCAGUGGGUAGAAGUCCCACACGGAACAAGUACUAAUACACAAGUUAAUCUGUUGUUCCGGGUCUAUAUUGUGUUUGUCUAUUGUAUCACAUACCAACUAUAUUUCAAUAUGGUAGAAAUAUGUUUGUAAACACACCCACGAGUAGAAUAAACUUAGACUAGGUUCAAAGAUACAGCUUAAUAUUAAGUGUACAUAAAAAUGCAUGGUAAAUAUUGAAUUAACGAUGUCUUAAAAAUAGUUAUAAAUGCUCCAAUUUGUUGAUAAAUAAGUUAUUAUUUUUAAAUUACAAUAUUGCUGACUAAUACUCACAUAGGUCAAUAUACUCAAUACUCAUGUACCUCCAUUAAUUUCACAUUAUGUAGAUAUUAUUAAUCCUUAGUAGCUACCUUAACAGAUCGAUUGACGAUUGAUGAUCGACGAACGAAAUCGAUUAACCUCUUGUCUGUCGGUAUACCGUAUGGGGCAAACACAUAUUGCUUAAUUUAAACCAUAUAUUUGUUAUCAUCAUGGCUGACAAUGUACGCAAAAUGAGCGAUAUAUGCCCAAUAGUCAAGCCAUAAAACUACAAAUCUUGUGGUUUCAUUUAAAUCAUAUGAGUGAUCUCCAUACUCUAUGAGAAUCUAUAGAAAAUACAUUGUGUCGCGUAGAUCUAUCUCCUUUCCGACAUACAACGGGUCAAUUGAAUACUAAUUUAUAUACCUGAUUAUGGACAAUUAUAUGUUUGUAUUGUCUUUGUGUUACCUGUUUUGUAACGUUAUUGGCAGUGUUAUAAAUAAUAAUUAAUAGUUACGAUGCCAUUAGAAUAUUAUUAAAAUAAUGAAAUCUGUUUUACACGACAUUGCUGAAAUGAAAUGCUUCAAUGUGUUUAUUGAUAUGAAGUAAAGUGGUUAAGAAAUAAA